AUGGCUGCCAGUGCUAUUGUCUACACAACUAAACAAACUCUGACGGUCUCUGAGGUCAUCGAGGUUUUGGAGGUGCUGUUAAUAUUUGUGUAUCUCAGUUUGAUAGUGCUGUAUCUCCUGCCGCGCUGCUUCACACCUGGAGAAGCUCUUCUCAUUAUGGGAGGAAUCAGUUUCAUAGUUAACCAGCUCAUUAAACGCUCUCUGAAUCUGACUGAGGUCAAAGGGCUGAUCUACGACCGACAGUUGCUCCAUGUGGCAUCUGUGGGUUGUCUCGCAGUGUUUCUGUUCCUGGAAUAUGUGCGUUAUUUCCGUAUACAGCCACUAGGGCAGCUUCUGCGGCAGUUGCUUACAUUAUUCCUGGACGAGAGGGACUCCGGGCCUCUCAUCCUCACACACAUCUAUCUGCUGAUGGGGAUGUCUCUGCCUGUGUGGCUGUUCCCAGGGCCCUGUGCUCCUAAAGGGGUCCUCUCUGGUGCCGGAGGUCUGGUGCCUUAUGCCGGGGUGCUGGCGGUGGGGGUUGGAGACACUGUGGCCUCGGUGUUCGGCAGCACCAUGGGGGAGAUCCAAUGGCCUGGCACAAAGAAAACCAUGGAGGGAACGGCAACGUCAGUGUUUGCACAGAUCAUUGCUGUUGCUUUGUUUCUUAUCUUUGAUGGGAAUAUUAAUCUAAACUCUACUUACUCAUGGAUUGUUGGGUCCAUCACUCUGGUGGCCAUGCUCGAAGCCUACACAUCGCAAAUCGACAACCUCCUCCUGCCACUGUACCUCUUCAUCCUGCUGUUGCUUUAA